ACAGCAUACUUGCACCAGUAUCCACCCCAUCGACAGUAAGACCCGUUAUACCCAGGGCGGGGUAGCCGUAAAUGCAACACUAUCGUAGCAGAGGCACAGGAAACAGUUGUGAUAUAUUUUGUCUUGUUCCCGACAAUAUUUGGAUAUAUAUCAAAAGCAAGAUCUGAACAUCGACAGAAAGGAAGUAUGGUGUCUGUACAAUACUAUAUGGUGUUCUGGGUCUGUACACUUGCUACGUGGAAUCUCAGCUCAGGAUUGGAAGCGAAUGGUGUAAACGUAGAGGCGUAUACAACUUACAGGUCAUCAGGUUACACAACGAAGUGUGGGUUUUGGAAGUGGGGCCGGUGCACAAGAUACAGGAAGAGGCCGGUCACAAAUUACAGAUGCAAAUCAGGGUACAGAUCAACAGAUAGCAAAGGCUGCCCACAUCCUGUAUGUGACAAUCAGAUACAGUCCGCUGCUUGCAACAUCGAAUACAGGACAUCUCACAUCGUCUACAGUAACGGCAGGACACAGUACAAGAGUGGGGGCAGCUGUACCUCCCCUAGGAUCUGUGCCAACUGUAAUGAAGGCUUUUACCCCAGCAAUGAACGCUGCAGAAUGUGCAGCGCCAUCAGUAACUGUGACCUGGAGACAUGCACCAGCAGCAGCAACCAGGUGUGUAGUCGCUGUGAUGGGGUCGUGCUGGGCCAGGCAGGACACAUGGCGUAUGUGGCGUCUUCUGAUAACAGAUCUUGCAUACAGGCGUGUUCCUGGCGGAGUGACAGCACCCGGUGUUAUCCCGGAACCUGCAGGAACGAGUACGCCAGUAACUGUGCCUGCUCCAGUGGCUUCACAGGGAAACAUUGUCAGACAAUAACAACGAAGCCCACAAUACACUUCAACCGCCUUAGACUGACCACCAGCAACGGUGACACGGCAGAGGCACCUCCCGACAUCAACAGUGGUCCAUCUCAGUCCACCAGCUGGUCAAACAUCAACUCUCCAUCCAGAAUGUACUACAAGUUUACGGGAGAAUACAAAAUGGUACCUCCGUCCAGACAUGCCUUCAUUGAAGACUUCCGUGUGGGAAUUGUCAGUGGUUCUUCUACAUUCAAACUAAAGAGAGGUGCAGGUGUUGUCUCCACUAAGGUCUAUAACUGUGGAGGAGCCAGCCGAACCAGCCCGGACACAGACCUGUACACAUGUGAAGGAAACCCACAAGGGACGUCUGUACUACCUCUGCCCUUCCAACACAGAGAUGUUAUGGAAUUCACUUAUUCAACAAGUAAUGGAGGGUAUGUGGAGGUUCGGGACAAGGAGAGUAACACACUAGUGACCUACUACUACAACGGUGCCACACAGACCCACACCUUUACUAUGUCCAUAGACCUGGUGGAUCCCUAUCACUGUACUGGUACCACUGCCUGUGUUGGCAGCAUGCUGACUGUUCCCGAUGUUAUCAAGACUCCCACAGUGAACUUCCGCUGGAGUGGCUGGUCAGAUACUGAUGCAGGAGUCGACUACUUUGUCAAGGACGUGUAUGAACUCCACGCUACGUCCAACAGCUUCACACUGACUACGGCGGGCGUGUAUUCUGUCGUCCUAACUGCCUAUGACAAGGGAGGUAAUCACAGAAGUACAAGAAGAAUAUUGAUAUAUGAUGGUACUUCAACUGUAACAACACGAGCAAAUACAUCUCUCCGUGUGACAACAGCAUCAUCAGCAACAUCAAAGUGGCAAUCUACAUCAUCAUCAGUGACAGUAGACUGGACCAACAGAUACAUCAACACAGUCCAUCUCAACAACAAGUGGCUCCUUGGCGUAGCUUCUCUGGGUUACAUCAGCUCGGGCUAUGAUGAUAAGGAGGGUGACAGAAGUGUGGCUGCCAUCAACAAUGUUCAAGGUGUAACACAAUUCUUGUCGUCAUACAAAGUUGACCACCAAGGAGGAUCGUCCAUCACCAGUCCACCAGCUGAUAGCCUGUUCACCAGUCAAGCUCUGAGUCAAUCACAGACCAUAACACCCUCACUAGUGGACGGGGACACUGUACGCUUCUGGAUACGAGCCUAUGACAUCAGACGCGAAUUCCUUGAAGAACAUGUGACAGUCCACAUCGACACAUCACCCCCAGUCAUAGAGAACCUUUGGCUGACCAGGGGAGACCGACUCAACAUCAGUGUACAUGGAGCUGAGGAGUUUUCCGAAAUGACAAUGGAGUGGAUUGCAUACGAUGAGCACAGUGGCUUGGAGACGGUGUCAUGGCGUAUUGUAGAUAAAUACCGGGGUUUAGAUAUCGUGCAUGGAGUUCAGCAUAUCACGGCUCAAGGGGACACAAGUGUAAGUAGUUUUCAGUACACACCUAUGUAUGCCAUAGUUGUACUUCUUGCGGUAAUGGAACAUGCGCUUUACUCCAUUACUUCUCUUGUUAAACACACUUUAUCACAUAUUUGACAAUGGAGGUUGG